GCGCGGCAACGGCCAAUGGCUGCUAGGGGUGCGCGCGCUGGUUUUCAAACGCGAUUGGUUGUCAAGGAGAGGGUGGGGCCUUCGCUCUGCUACGCGAUUGGGCGAUGGGGACGUCAGGCGGGGGUUCCUCCUUUCCGAUUGGCCCGCGGGCGGCGCGGCUCCAAUCGCGAGGCCGGGCGGCUACGCGCGGCGCUCGAACGCGGCCGGCAAAAGAUGGCCGCGCGUCGGCGCCUGAGGGAGGGGAUACUGGAGGUUUAUCUGCCGUGCCCUACCGCCGCCCCGCGGGUUUUGUCGCCGCCGCCUUCCGCGUCGUCGUCGCCCUCAUCUUCCUCUUCUUCUCCAUCUAUUUCUCCCUCACCGUCGAGUUUGCCGCCGGCGGCCGCCGAGGCGUCGUGGCCUCUGCGUCAUCUGGGGUCGCUGCCGUCCGAGAGCGCCUUGUUCCACUGCCGCGGCUGCUGGGCCGUGCUGGGCGAUUCCUUGCAGCUCUGCGCCGAGGAGGAGCAGCACCUCGGGCUCCUCGUCUGCCUCAGAGUCACGGAGGACGUGGUUUGGGAGGAUUCGCUCAUGGUCGGCCUCGACGGAGCGCUCCUGGGAUGUGCUUACUACGUAUUAACCUGUCAGUCAUGUGGCUCAGCCGUGGGCUUCAUUCUUUAUUCUGCGCCCAGCUCCCUGGCAUAUCUCCGAGGCUUAUUCUGUUUCUUUAAGGAUAACAUCCUCUGUUAUUUCUUAAAAAAUCAAGUGGCAAUAGAAGCUUCUAUGGUGAAAUUUCCUGCUGUGACCUUAAAGGAACAAGUGGAGGAACUGAAAGAGAGAGUUGUGAAGGCGCACAUUCGCAUAGAAUUGCUGAUGGAGAAGCUGGAGGAACUGUACCAAAACAUCAAUGUGGCAGAAAGGCAAAGCCAUGCAUUAGGUGCGGUUGACCUACGGACAGAACGUGCAAUAGUCAGGAUCAACUAAUAAUAUGCUGUUCUCAAGAACUGCUCCAGUUGUUUCUGCAUCUCUGCUGCGUUUGUUCACUAUGGUGAAACAGUGCACCCGAACAGGUUUGAAUGUUGAUCUGUUACUUUAUCUGUGUAUAGAAAGAACCAAUACUUAAGUGUAUCUCUUCAGUCUAAGGGGAACACCUGAAAUCUGACAUACUGAACUUAUGUUUGGAUAAAUGAAUAGCUGGGUGCAUUGCUCUCUGAGACAGCAUAACUAUGACUCUUAAUGGCAGCUCGCUGUUGGUGAAGUGGCUCAUCAGCUGCCCCUGGUAAGUGAGGCACUGCUAAAUGGCCUCCUGAAUAGUUCUUUUAGAUUUGCUUGUGUAUGUGGCCUGCUAAAGGAACAAUCUGGCAUUGCGUAGAGCUGCACAGUGUACUUAGUCCAUAAAUCUGAAUGGCACAAUCCUAGCUGGAGCAUAACAUUUUGGAUUUCAAAUUUAAGGGCAACCCACAUGUCUGCCGAAGUCCUCUGAAAGUGCAUCCCCAUGGCUGCACAGGACUAAGUCAAGUUCUGGCUGUUAGCAACUGCCUUUAAUAGAAAGCCUUUCUUUCUGGGGCUGAUGCCGUAAAACCAAGUAACAAUCCUCUUCACUUCUGCUGAAACAUGCGAACACUGCUCUGCUGAAGUUGUGGUGAUCUGCCUGGUGCCUUCACUUGGCCAGUCAAGAUGUUUAAUAAUGAAUACCUAAUGGGUAUUCAUUGGCAUUUUUCUGUUUUGAAUGGAUUCCGCUUCUUUCCAAUCAUCUGAAAGUAAUUUGAUGGAAGAACACUACUUACCCCUUGUUAUUAGGACUGAAUAUCUUUAUCCCUUAUUCUUGUUAGUGGGAAGAUUAAGGGUCUUCUCAUUUUUCUGCAUAAAGGGCAGUUUAGCAGUUGUCUGUAGUAGUCUAGGAUUGUAUGUACUUGAUCAACUUAGUUCCAGUGCUGGAAUUUGCCAUUCCCUUCUAACUUCCAUGUAUGGUUGGCACAUUGCACUCCCUGGUCCUGCUGAUGCCAGUACUCCCUCUAUGUCAUGCUCUUGUUUUAUUUGUAAAAUAACUCCUUCGAUGGGCUCGGAGCAGAGGGGACAAAACUCGCUGCAAGACGGCAUCUCAGAGGCUUUAGGUGGGCAAGCUGGUAUUUAUACCACGAAUGUUCACUGUGCUGCUUUUUAAGAGUUCUGGGUUGUCUCAUUUGUUCUGAUUGAGCAAUAACAUAGAAUAUAAACAGCCAUUCUUCAGGGAGAGGAGGGGCAGUUCUGUUAAAUUCUAAUGCUAUAUGCUAUCGUAAUUAUUUUAAUUGCUUGUGAUUUACAACGUGGACAGGAAUUAAGGACAAGAAUGCAGUGCUUUUCAAUGACAGUUAAGUUCAGGCUGACAAAAAUACCUACCUGAAGCAAAUGUUACACUCAGUUUCACUUAAGUGAGAGUUCUUAACAGUUGUCACUGUAUAUUCAUGUAUAUUCAUGAUAAGUUUGGAGUUGUGGUAUUUGAUUAUUAAGAACACAGUCAUUCUUUAAAUUGUGUUGUGCUGUGACUUCUGUGUUAUGUUUAAGGGCCUGUUGGCCUUUAACUGGGGUCUUGUGACUAAACUCAUUUUGCAUGAGCAUCCCCCCAUCUCAAUUCACUGUUUUCCAUUUUAUAACUUGACCUUUGUGUUAUGGGAAAGAAGCUGUCAGUUACAUUUCUUAUAUUAUCUUUACAGUUGUAAAGAAGCAACUUUUUAAAUAAAAAAGCUGAAAUUCAGAAACAUGUUGUGCUGAUCACUGAUAAUAUCCUGUGAGUUGUAAGCCACUUUUUUUCUUAGACUAUGUUUGCAGAAAAAAACCAUCAGUUUAUCUUGCUUAGGUCCUGGUUCAUUAUGAAGCAUUAAUGGUUGCAUAGCAUCCAUGUAAACACAUAAUGAGUGUGUGCUAAAAAAUAGCUGAUACAUUUUUAAACUCUCUCUAAUCUUUGCAACUAGGAGGAGCUCUGCUCUGAGUCAAGAUGUGACCCUUUGUGUCUAUUUGUCAAAUGAUUUUUUUUUUCAUGGCAUGGACUAUUGCCCAAUGAACCUGCUGAUGCUCACAGCAGCACAGUGUUCUAAAUAAAAUUUGUUUUAAGAAGCAAACAAAACAUAAAAUAAAUACAUUGUCUUCAGUAAUCUGAGGUGAACAUUUACUGAGAUAAACCUAAGGGUGCAUUUUGAUUUCAGUGAUGCAUUUGAACUUCCACAGAAUCAUAGAACGGUUUGGGUUGGAAGUCUAAGGUCCCCUUAGGGACCAUCUAGUUCCAGCCCCCUGCCAUGUAUGGGGCACCUUCCAUUGGAUCAGGCUUCCCAAAACCUCAUCAAACCUGGCCUUGAACACCUUCAGGGAUGGGGCAGCCACAGCUUCCCUGGGCAGCCUGCACCAGUACCUCACCAUGCUCACAGUAAAAAAAAUCUCUUCCUAAUAUCUGAUGUAAACCUCCCCUCUUUCAGUUUAAAACUGUUGCCCCUUGUCCUGUCACUGACUCAAAGAGUCAGUCCGUACUCAGCUUUGCUGUAGACCCCUUUUAUUCCUGAAAGAUUCUGCUUUUGAUCCCACAGCCUGUUCAGAUUUAAAUUCCUCUUACUCUACAAUUAUCAGUGAAUAGAUGUUUUUGGUUUUCUGAUAUAGUACCUAAUCUCCUCUAAGGAGGCAUCUUGAGAGGUGUGUUCUAGCCUUCAGUGCAGCCAGGGCCAGUCUGGCUUGGGAAGGAUGGAUUGUCUAUUUAAAUUAAUACCAACCACUUAGAAAGCAAGUCUCAAGGUCAGGCUUUCUUACAUUAGCUAGUCAGCAGCUGUUUUCUCUAGACUCUAAAGACAGAAACUAGAAAAAUCAAGCAAAUUAAGAUGGUUGAACAGGCUACUUAAGUUAAAUUAUACUAUGCAUCUUCUAUAAGCUACCACAAGGGUGAGCAUAACAGGUUUCAGAAAGUUUGUAGCAGGGCUGGAAGCCAAGGCUUCUUUCAGCAUAGUCCUGGGGAGGUGGUAUUGCGUUACAGAAACUUUCCAGACUCUUUUCAGCAGCAACUGCAAAAGCAGUUGUGCCUCCCUGCAGACUGUGACAUGCCACACACAGAAGGAUUUUUCAGAAAAGUAGUUGCCAAAACAAUAAAUUAUCCACACAUGAAAGGCUUCUGAAGGGCUCAUUAGUGUUAGGCAAUCUAUACAAGAAAUAGAAGCUUUCUGCUGCCAUCUAGAACAACCCUUGAAACUUUUAUUAGGUAGGUUGUCCAUCUUAGUAGGAGUGGAGUAACAAUUUUCCUGUGCCAGUGCCUCCCCACCCUCAUUGUGAAGAAUUUCUUCCUAAUGUCUAAACUAAAUCCGCCUCCAGUUUACAGCCAUUGCCCCUCAUCCUAUCACUACACGCCCUUGUAAACAGUCCCUCCCUGGCUUUCCUGAAGCCCCUUCAGGUACUGGAAGGUCACUAUAAGGUCUCCCUGGAGCCUUCUCUUCUCCAGGCUGAACAACCCCAACUCUCUCAGCCUGUCCUCGUAUGGGAGGUGUUCCAGACCUCUGAUCAUCCUUGUAGUCUCCUCUGGACCUGUUCCAACAGCUCCUUCCUGUGCUGAAGAUUCCAAAAAUGGACACACUACUCCAGAUGAGGUCUCACAAGAGAGGAACAGAGGGGCAGAAUAACCUCCCUCGACCUGCUGCCCAAGCUUCUCUUGAUGCAGCCCACGAUACAGUUGGCCUUCUGGGCUGCAAGCAGACGUUGCUGGCUCACAUCAAGCUUCUGAUCAACCAGCACCCCCAAGUCCUUCUCUGCAGGGCUGCUCUCAAUCACGUCAUCCCCCAUCCUGUACUGAAAUCAGGGAUUGCCCCAAUGCAGAUGUAGCACCUUGCGCUUGGCCUUGUUGAACCUCACGAGAUUCUCACAGACCCACUUCUCCAGCUUGUCCAGGUCCCUCUGGAUGACAUCCUCUCUUUCUGGUGUGGCAACUGCACCCCUCAGCUUGGUGUCAUUGGCACACUUGCUGAGGGUGCACUUGACCUCGCUGUCAAUAUCAUUGAUGAAGAUAUCAAACAGCAUUGGUCCAAGUACAGACCCCUAAGGGACACUACUUGUCACAAAUUUAGCUCCAGCUGUUGAGUUUUGGCACAGGUACAGCAAGUACAAACACAUCUCAGGAGUGGAGUGUACAGCACACGGGUUAAUUUGUCUUCUGAACAAACGACGCAUCCAGUUUUAGUGCAUUCUCAGCCUGUGCUGCUUUAUUGCUAAAAAAAAUUGUAUACAGGUGCAGAGUUUCCAAGUUCAUUUUUAAACAGUUCCUCUUUACAGUGUCAAAAGAAUAAAAUCUUAUCUUGAAAUCCUCGAAGAUGCAUAGAUAUAAAAGCAAGCUGCCUUUUGGAAAAACAUCAGAAUUUGCAGGGAGACAUUCCUUCACUGUUACCAUGUAAAACAUGAAUGCAAUGGGAAUACGUCGUUCCUAGCGACACCAAUAAUCUCUUCCACUAAUCAAUGUGAGCAUGCCAUCAGAAGUUCAGAAGUAUUUUCUAAACUGUUUUUUAAGCAGUAAGGUAAUUUUUAAGAAUCUGUAACUUAACACUCUUCCUUUGCUGUUCUGUCAUACUUGCCAAAAGGCAGCUGUCUGCACUAAUAUCCUAAAGUAGCUUCAUGCCCAGAUUCUGUAUUGGAGGGAACAGGCGUUAACAACGGAUUCAACUGCUUACUCAUCACACAAAGGAAAAUACACUUAGCAGGAUUUAAAACCAUGUGAAAUGUUCUGAAGAAUGCCCACUAAGAAUCAGGUGAUCAGGGUUUAACUGUUGGGCUAAACUUGUUUUACAGAUUCCUUUUUUGCUUGAAGAAGUUGGCUCAAAGGAUUUCAUUUACUCUAACUUCUGAUACCAUAAAAUAGUUUUCUUCUCUUAUAAUAUUCCUAUCUUCAUUUGGCAAUUCUUGUACAUCUAGAAAGAGCAUUUAUGAGAAAAACAUAACCCCCACUGUAAACCCAUAUCACAGUGCGUUAUGGAUGGUUUGCUACGAAGUAUGAACAGGAGUUAACUUGACACACUAUUUAUUCCUCCAAGAUGCUUCCUCUUUCUAUUUAAGAAAAAGGACUGAGCCUCUGUACGUGGAGAAGUGUUCUGCACAAGUUAAGCCCACCUACAAAAUUAAGCUAAACUAGAAGUAUGGAGCUCUGCGGUAACAAGCUAGUAUUCUACAUGUUUGAAUGCAAGUUUAAACUUGGAAAAGUAUUAGUGACAUAGGCUAUGCCACAUGUUCUUUGUUAUUUUCGAACUGCCAGCAGAAGUUCACUGUGUUAUCCACUAAAAGACAUGGGAAAUAUCAGAAAGUUUACAGAAAGAUGGCACCCAAAUUCCCUUUUAUUUAAUAUAAGUGAAAUAAAGCAAAAAGACUAUUGCAACCUAUGUUGCAGAAGAUAAAGACCUGCAGUGAUCAAAUCUCAUUUUCUGUUUUUAAAAAUCUCUUUAUAGAACUUAAAAAAUAUACAAGAUUACCAGUAUUUUCAGGUUCAUUCCUGCAGGUGCCAUUAUUGCUGGCUGGUACCAGUAUGCCUCAGUACAGCUGCCUAUGUGGCUAGAGAGUUACCUGAAAAUACUGUCUAUUAAAAAGCUAUUCAACACCUGAAAUAUAUUACUGUGCUUAUUAAUUUCAGUUUUCUCCAAAUAAUUUCUCUCACCACACCCAAGCUUAUUACCUACUGUCUGGCAAAUACUACCUUCAAUUUGAGUCUGCUAUUUCCAUUACUUGGGUUUUUCAUGAGUUUAGGUGUUUUUUUCCACUAGUUGCUCCCCCCUGUACCUUGUAAGAAACUCUGCACCCCUUUCCUUGCUACAGCUGCAGCAGGUGAGAAACCUCAUCUCGCCCCCAAACAUGCUUAUUUCAUGCCCUGCUUUUUACAUGCUCAGGGCACUAACAUGAACCAGAGAAGAGGUUAUAAAGGCGAGUUCUGCUGAUCCUGGUUCCUGAUUUACAGUUUUGGUGCCAUGCUUCUGUCCCUAUCUAUACAAUCUGCCCCUUUCCCUACAGAGGCAGCACAUUCUCUAAAAAAACAAAGUUUGAGAAUCAAAGCAGGAAGUUCAAGCUAUUGGUAUAUUAAUUCCUAUUGCUUCAUUAUGUAUAAAUGCAUAUCUCAAUUUACUGGUAUUAACUACGUUACACUAGACAUUUUGAAUCAUGCAUAAUUAGAAUACUAGCUCUAAGAUUGGGUUUGUGGGCCUGUGCCGCUUUCCUUCAGUUUCUCCACGCAGUUCUUCAUGCCUAAGGCAUAAGAGACCUUCUAUUUGACCUGUAAACACCCUCAUCUGGAGGGGAAGCGGAGCGAAGCAGACAGGAUUUACGCAGGACACACUGAAGAGUAAGUUAGAACAGUAAGUUACCAUUUCUCUUUAACGUUAGAUGUUGUAAAGCCUUAGAGAAUCUGUGUUAUCCGUGUUAUAACCUGGGACAGAAACAGAAACAGGCUCUGCUUUCACCACUGACACUGACGCUUUCUCUACAAUACAGGAGAAAGUGUGGAGCAGACUGAAAGGGAACAGACAUCGGAGUCUAUGGUUAGAGUUCUGCACUGGUAACGAGACACUCUGGUUCAACUGCUGGCUACUCUGUGCCAGUGAAAGUGCUACAGGGGCAAAAUGCUGGGUCAUUCCAGUAAAAGAAAUCCAAUGGAAUCUAACUUGAACUGCUACUAUGCAGCUCUGUACCUGAACAGCAAGCAGGAUUAUUAGUUUUGGAAGAAGACCAGACAGUUUCCUAGAGAUGCAGGAAGCAGUUAUUCCUAAGACUGCUUACACAUCAAAACUGUUCUUCUUUUCCAUAUUUUUCCCUUCUUUGCCCAAUAAACACAGUGCCAGCUCUUGACAACGUAAUCCUUGUGUGAAGUGUCAGUGUCCUGAAGCUCAGUACUAUUUCUUCUCACUCACUGUCUUUGCAAGACAUUCACUUUGUCUGAAAUUAUCCUCAGUUGCAGAAAUUGCAAUUCCUGAAGGUGCAAUUCUUAACACAAGCACUGCCUGGCCCUUCAGCAGCAGCACUGCUGGGUGCGGAAACAGCACAGCCUUGUGUCAUCUAGGCUCAGCACUGCCGAAGGAAGCAGCUCGGUACUGAGCAUAUCCCUUCGAUAUCCCACAUUGAUUAGCAUUUAACACUUCUGCUUAGUUUUAGUAGCAGUGAAUUCAAGGGGGUUGGAGCAGAAGUCAUGCCAUAGUAUAAGAGCUGAAAGGCAAAGGGAUUUCUUUUGUUGCUGUGAGUGUAAAUUUCUAGUCUAGCAGCCCACAGAAUACA